CCAGGCUUUUACCUCGCCUCGGACAGAUGGGCGCGGAGUGCAGUUCCCGCAGUCUUGCCGAUCCAGCUGAUUGGACCGUGAAGACGAGGUCACGAACUGGGGUGAAGGGCUCCGGGCGGCUGGACUCGGACUUUACGCUCUGCAGCGGCUGGGAUAUAAAAUGGCUGGAAAGGCUCUCGCGCUCGUGUGACCUGUUUUCACCCUCUUGCUACUCUUGCUGCUAUCGGACUGUGGAUUCAGUGCAUUCACUUGUCGAUUGAUUGCUUUGAUUGAUUGAGACUACUUGUGCUUAAUUGCUUGAAUCCUCGAGCGAGCCUUACGGUCCCAUUGUAAUCGAACCUUGGUCAACGACAUGCUUGCAUCACCUAUACCUCCCUCCCUGCCCGGACCGUCGCGUUCGUCUUUGGACGAUCUCGAGUCACUCUCUGAGCGCAGCCCUUCACCAUCGUCGCACCCUCUCGACCUAUCCUCCCUACCGAUCGAGCUCAUCUCACGUAUCCUGCAUCUCCUACUACUCUCCUACCCCGCUCGCACAGCUCCCCGCGCCCUCCUCCCUUUACUUCUCGUCUCCCGCACAAUCUACAACAUCGCCCUCUCCACCCCCUCCCUAUGGACUUCUCUCCGCCUCACCGAUACCGGUAUCACACCCCGCCUCCAACUCCAACUCGAGCGCUCCGGCGCUCUCCCACUCGACAUCGAGAUCACCGUCCGGUGCCGAUCUCACAAGUCCCUCCCAUGCAAAGCCGGCAUCUCCGCACUGAUGGAUUCCCUUGCCUCUCUGCGACCUAGCAUGUCCCGCUGGGAAUCGCUCGAUCUCAACCUCUCCUCCUGCUGGCUCGCCCAGGAAGCACUAGCAACAUGUGGCACCGCCCUCUUCUCCCUGUCCAAGCUCACCGUGCGCACAGGCCACUCCGACUCGGGGGACUACGCGACCCCUCUCCCUAGUGUGCUCCUACACAUGCCGAAGCUGAGGGAAAUCAAUUUCCAGUGGUACAACUUCCGCUGGGUGCAGUCCUGUACCCUCCCGUCUGUACGCGCGCUUCGCUUGAGCAGUUACUACAUGGACGACCCGGGCCUGGCUACUGAGCUAUUGGAGAUGCUCCGCGCUCUCCCGGAGCUCGAGAGACUGGAAAUGGACACUGUGGCUGAACGAUGGGUACCGAGGUUAUCGCAACCUCCCGCGUUUGAGCCAGUCGAGCUCCCUCGACUGAGGAGUCUGAAGAUGAGAGAUUGCGGGCAGGAUAAAGUCCUCGUCCUCUUGCGGGAUAUCAGGUGCCCGAACGUUCAGUGCCUGGAGAUGGAUAUGCUUGGGCAUAUCAGUCCUCUCUUGGAGGUGCUGGCUGGUGAGGAACAUAUGUGGGAACGGCUGGAGGAAGUGAAGGUCGUCGCGUGCGAGUUUACGGCUGCGAAUAUGAUGUUGUGGUUGAGAAGGAUGCCGGCACUGCGGAAAUUGGAGAUACGCGAUUGUUCUCAAAUGAACAAGGCCGUAUCCGACCUGGUAUGGUUGGCUGAAGGAUGUGCUCGUGUAUCACUCAACGACUUGGUCGAGUUGACUGUCUUAGAGGGGAGGCAGUUCUGUACGUUACACCUGCCAUCACUGAGCAUCAACCUCCAAUAAAAGGUAGAUGUCACCGUCUCCAUUCCCAGAUUUCUCUUCUUUCCGCAGUAGCACAUUCUUCCUUCAUGCGCAUUCGCGUUCGCACACUCGAGUCUCAAUUUGCACGAUCUUUCGCACUUGCAUCGACCCUGGCUCUCGCAAACGUCUUAUAUGGCUACAUAAUCUAUCAAUACAACAGAACAUGGGAACGACGGCGAGAUAGGGAGGGUUCAGCGGGACCGCGAGCCUCAAGAAUUCAAAUAACUCAUCAUCGCCCUCCUUUCUUCCGAGUCCUUCUUUGCCUGCCUCGCCCAGGCCUUCCAACCCUUCCCUCGUCUUUCCAUCUCAGCUUUCCGAUGCGCCUCCUGCCCCGCGCGUAUAUGCUCUCUGAUCUCCUUUGAAGAGAAGGACGACUUCUUCUUCGCCUUGAGUCCGAUACCGAGGCGAUCGGCUUUGAGCACCGGACGGAGGGGCGUGAGGAGAGCCGUUGAGUGGGAGGUAUCAGAAGAUGGUGGUUGUUGGAGAGUGGGGGUUGCAGGCGAUGCUGGAGCAGUCGAGAAUAUGCUGUCUUCCUCUGGCGUGGGAGAACGCGAGCCAGUGAGGUCGACGAUCUCAGGCAUCGUUUCUUCAUCUUCUGCAGCCCUCUCGCUGCCUCUGACAGAGGGAGAAGUACCUCUGGUUGCAGGCUCCGACCUCACCUUUGCUGGCGGAUGCGCUGCACCGAGACCAUACCCCUCCUCCCACCCACUCCGGCGGAGCAUCGCAAACCCUUUAUUGCUCGGAUCGAGAGCAUACCAUACCGAAGGCUUGAAGGCAGGCUCGGAGGGCUUAGGAGGGGGUUGCUGCGCGAGAAGGGCGGCAAGUCCUGGUGUCGAUAAGGAUAAGGAUCUGGAUGGCGGUUCCACUUGUGUUUGUGCUUGGGUGGAAAGGGCGCGGUGGAUAAACCAGUCUGGUUGAGCACGUCGAGCUUUUCCGCGCGGGCGGGGCCUCGGAGGUGGUGGGAGAGAAGAGCUGCGAGGAGCUGGGGAGGGAACAGCGGCGGAGGUCGAGGGGAUUUGUGAUAGAUCUUGCGAGGACAUCGCAGUAGCUCGAGAUGCAGACAGUUCUUGAUACCAAUCUGAAACGCUAGUGUCUGCCUUUACGUUCCCAUCCAAGUUCGAGCUCGCUGUCCGUCCCUCCUCAGUGUCCAGGGAGCCACGAACGAAGGUAGGAAUCUUGUAUGGUCGGCGGGCGAACUUGAUUUUUGCAGAUUCAGCAUUCCACAGCGCCUCGAGCUCCUGUUCUGGUAUAUCAUCGCCUUCCUGUUCG